AUGCCCUUCCCAAAGCUUCCCCCAAGAGCCGCCUACAUCAAACUCUCAAACCCCACCAAGCGAAACGCUCUCAGCAUCCCCGUACUCAGAGACCUCAAAGCCCAGCUCGACAGCGCCCUCACGCUGAGACCCAGCGGGCGAGCAGGCCUGCUACCCAGAUUACUCCCUGGUAUUCUCAAAGAGCUCGAAAAAGCGUCUCAAGAACGAGAUCAAACCUCAGAGGAAUGGAGGAGGUGGGACUGGCUCGUCAGCGCAUCUGAAUGGAAGAAACAGCGUGCCGGUUUACCUGAUGUUCUGGUCCUUCGGAGCGAAGGCCCUGUCUUCUCGUCCGGCCAUGAUCUGAAGGAGCUGUCGCAGAUGAGUCGGGAAGAUGUCAAGACUCUGUUUGACCUCUGUACCCAAGUCAUGAUGACUAUUCGGAGGAGUCCUGUGCCGAUUGUCUGUCCGAUCCAAGGCCUCGCCACAGCAGCUGGGUUCCAACUCGCCAUGAGCACCGACUUCCCCAUUGCUCUGCCAGACACACAAUUUGCCCUGCCAGGCGCAAAGAUUGGAUUACCUUGCACGAGUCCCUCAACGGCAAUUUCACGACGUUUUCCCCCUGGCGCAACAUACCGAAUGCUCGCGACGGCAGAACCAAUUAAAGCAUCGGACUACCCGGAGGCCGUCGACGUUGUCAAAGUCUUACCGGGGCAAGACCCUGAGGAAGCUCUGGAGAAACGUGUGGUUGAUGUGGUUGAGCGGUUGCUUUUGAUGUCGCCGCCGCAGCAGGCCGUAGGGAAAUGGGCGUACUGGACGCAGUUUGGAUUUGGAAGGACGUGGGGUGAUGGGUAUGAGCAGGCUGCUCAGUGGGCGGCUAGGGUUAUGGCGUUGCAUGCGAGGAGUGAGGAUGCGAAGGAGGGUGUUGCUGCGUUUUUGGAGAAGAGGGAGCCUGUUUGGAUAAGCAGUGUUGAGGUCGCUGAUCCUGUUACGGAGGAUGCUGCUUCGUCCACUGACGCCGAUGCCACUGCUCCUGAGGCUGGGAAUUCCACAGUCGAGAGCCAGAUACCCGAGACUGAUGUUGAUCUUCCUCUUAAGACAGAUCGUGGGUAA